AAGAGCAGCCGCCUAAGAGGAGUCCGUCUUGGGCACCGUGUCUGUCCAAAAUGAACAAACUGGAGUAUCUGAAUUCGUUUCUGACGCAGCGCUUAAUGACAGUGGCCGGAGAAAUCUUUGAAGCGUUUAAAGACUCAGUCAGUGAAUACCAGGGAGAGAUAGCGCGCAUUAAAGAGGAGAAUCGCUGUCUGAGAAAAACGCUCGCUGAAAUCGACACUAGCAGAGUUGAGCAACGACCAGGCUCCCAGACCACCCAUGCGGAUGGAGUUAAGAAGCACAGUUCAAACCCUAAGCCUCUGGACUCUGAGCCUUCAGUAAUACAAGUAAAGCUGGAGCUUGCAACUCUAAAGCAGGAAUGUGAGCCACAGCCAUCUUUGAUUAAUCCAUAUACAUGCACUUCUAGCCUCGCAAAGCCUGCUCAUGGUCCAGAGCCAACUCGGAAUAUUUCAGAGAAACCUGUAGUCUUUGAAGAGGAGGACAGAGAUUUAGAUAUUAUGGUGAAAGCAGAAUCGGAUGGAUCCCAGCCUUUUUCUUCCAGUGACAGAUACUUGGCCGAAGUGCUGGACGAAGCAGUGACCGCUCAGGCUGGAGAUGAACAAGACGCUCUUUCGUGCUCUUAUUGUGACCAGACGUUCGAUGAGCUUUCUCAUCUAGCCUCGCACUUGCAGAGUCACAUGGUUUUGUUUAGCUGUGAGGUGUGUGGUAAGUCCUUCAAAAAAAAGGGGACCCUGAGGACGCACAUGAUCGUUCACCAGAAAGAAAGACCCUUCUGCUGCAAGUUGUGCGGGAAGUCAUACAGCUGUGCCAAAGUUCUGAACGUGCACCUUAUAAGUCAUACGGGAGAGAGGCCCUUUGGAUGUGGCUACUGUGAAAAGCGCUUCAAACUGAAGAGUCACCUGAAAGAGCACGAGAGGAUCCACACGGGCGAGAAGCCCUUCAGCUGUCCAGUGUGCAGGAAGUGUUUCAGCAGGUCGAAUGCCGUCAAGAUACACAUUCGGAAUCAUCAUCGCGAACAGUUACAGUUAUCACUGUGAACCAGUAGUCGAAUGCAGAAGCGAGGUCGAAAAGUCUGAAGAAGUUCAGAUCUGUUAAAAAUAAGUAUAGUUGUGUCAGAGGGGGGGCUGCCCCCCAACUGCCUCUCAUCCUGAGAUUUAUUGCUUUUGCUCAAGUGUUAACACUUUGUUGUUUUUAUGGUCAUCUUACUUUCUCCUCCUGCUAGAUGUUCUUUAAGAUGUGUUUGGUUGGUUCCCUGAAAGUUCUGAAGGAGAUUUUUGCAGACAGAGCUGGUACAAACCAGAACUGUAUGUUUAUUAAAGCAGAGGCUUACUCCCAAUGACCUUUAUUCAUCAAAGUCGCACACAGUCAAAUCUGAUCAUAAAAUAAGUAAAUUCAAAUAAUAAGUGUUUAAAAAAUGUUAUUUUAAGAGAAUGAUCACACCUUACAAUCACAUCAAUCUAUAGUUUAUUUCACAUUUUAUUCUUUCUGCUUGUCACAAUUUUAACACUAUAAAUUUUUGUCAGUAGGCGGUCACUCACUGCUUGACCUCAAACUCUGCUCAUUGGCUCACUAGCCACUGAAUGCUCCUGUUUUUUGGCUCUUUACUGAAACUUCUGCUUGAACUAGGUGUAAAUUACAUAAAUUAUAUGUAAAUGAGGUGCUGGAAACCUGUUAAUGUCAUGAACUGAAGCUGAUUUAUUAUUUGCCCUCAAAUCUCCCCUUGUUUCCACGUCGUCGGUCGGAUGCAGAGUAGUUCAACGUGGUCAAAUAUGCGCUCUCUUAUACGCAACUUUGAUGAAUAAGGGACCAUAAUAGUGAAUAUAUUUGAAUAACUUAGAUACCUAAGAUACCUAAUUCAUAAUGAUAUCAGAAAAUUACAUCAAAAUUUAUAAAGAAAUAUAUUUUAUAUUUCUUCAAAAUGCUAAAUAAAAUGCAGUGUUUAUAAUGCUGGUAAAAAUGAUCAGAACUGAUCAUUAUUUAUUUACUUCGCAAAUAUUAGAAACCUUUAGCAUUUUUGUUUUACCCACAGUCUGUCUGCCGAAUCCAUAAUUCCAUCCAUAAUCAGUAAUUGGGACAACAUGAAAAUGCCUUUCACCAAGAUUUGUCACACUGUAAAAUUCUGUAUAGAACUUUUUUAAACACUGAAAACAAAUGUGCUGUUCCUUAUUGGACAUUAAAUAUAUGACAUUUA